CCUUGUAAUUAUUUCACAUUUACUAAAAAAACGUACUGGCAAUUUAUCACUCCAGUCGCAGAUAACGCGGAUAUCUAAUUACUUAGUGUUACAAAUAUUUACAGUUUGUAUUAAGUUCUCGUAAAACAGAGCAGGAAUGAGUUUGCUAAAAAACAUUUUCCAUGUGGUAGCCCUAGCGCAUCAUUUGUUCAGCUUAUUUUACAUAUUCUGUUACUUAGAGCUGCCGUUAGAACUCAGUAAAACUAAACAGAUUCUGGGAAAAAUCGAAAACUUUAAGUAUUUGACCAACUGGGAUGUGAUACUCCAGACUCUAUACUUUAUACUGUGCAUGAUCUGUGAUGUGAGUUCAGAUCCUCGUACAUCUGGAAAAUGUUCAAGGGCGAAACAACUUAGAGAAUUGGUACUAUCUUCUUUGGUUGUGCCUGUAUCACUCUUUGUGGGAGUUACCUUUUGGGGCUUGUAUAUCAUUAAUAGAGAACUAGUAUUUCCAGCAGCUAUAGAUCCAUACUUCCCAGUCUGGCUAAAUCACAUGGUGCACACAAAUGUAGUAAUUUUUUCAAUGACAGAACUGCUAACAAGUUAUCAAGAAUAUCCACCGAGAAGUAAAGGAAUUCGUAUAUGUCAAAUUUUCACUCUGACAUACAUAUUGUGGAGCUGUAUUUUGCAAUAUUAUACUGGAUAUUGGGUAUAUCCCAUUUUGCAAGUUUUAAAUUGGCCUCUUAGGAUUGCAUUUUUUUUUACAAACGUCCUGACAAUGUCAUUGCUUUACAUUAUUGGAGAGAAAAUAAAUUAUAUUAGGAGGCCACAAACUACUACAAAGAAAAAUUAAACUAAAAAAAACUGGUAAUUGUUUAUGAAAUUUUUGUUUUGAAUA